CUAAAACCCUACCACCUUGAACUGUCGUAGGAGCUGGAAAAAUCUAGAAUUAGACCCAGAAAGGAAAAUGCAGUAGGGAAAAUAACGUCUCUUUCCCACACCCUCUUUAGAAUUGUUCUACCUCUGUGCAUUCUUUGUAUAUGUUAUGGUAUUUUUUCAUCUUUAUAUGCUCUGUUUUUUAAGUGAAGACCCAAAACCCGGGAUGAAGAAGAUACUGAAGCAGAAACCAGGAUCGUUCUUCUCCUACACAGCCCUCUUCUUGCUGUUUAUCGCCAAUGCAGCUCUAGUAACGUCCAAAUCCACGAUCGAGCCCUGUUCCAACUCCGACUCCUGCAAUGCUCUGCUUGGCUACACCCUCUACACUGACCUGAAGGUAGCCGAGGUGGCGUCCCUUUUCCAAGUGGACCCUAUUGCUAUCCUCACAGCCAAUGCCAUCGACUUUUCUUACCCUGACGUUGAAAACCACAUCCUUCCUUCCCAGCUCUUCCUCAAGAUACCCAUCCGCUGCUCAUGCGUCGACGGGAUUCGAAAAUCUGUGUCCACCCACUAUAAAACCCGCCCUCAAGACACGCUCUCGUCGAUUGCGGACUCAAUUUAUGGGGGUUUGGUGUCUGCUGAUCAGAUUAGGGAGGCAAAUUCCAUUCAGGAUCCUUCUGUUCUUGAUGUGGGACAGAGCCUUAUGGUGCCGCUCCCUUGUACUUGUUUUAAUGGUACAGAUAAUUCGCUGCCAGCCAUUUAUCUUUCUUAUGUGGUGAAACCAGUGGACACAUUGGCGGGGAUUGCGGCAAGGUACUCUACUACCAUCACGGAUUUGAUGAAUGUUAAUGCUAUGGGAAGUGCUGCAAUUACAGCCGGUGAUAUUCUUGCAGUCCCUUUGUCAGCCUGUGCUUCCAAUUUCCCCAAAUAUGCCUCAGACUAUGGGCUGAUUGUGCCUAAUGGAAGUUAUGCUAUCAUAGCAAGCCACUGUGUUCAGUGCAGUUGUGGUCCAGGGAAUCGCAAUUUGUACUGCAUGCCAUCUUCCUUGGCAGUUUCUUGUUCAAGUAUGCAAUGCAAAAAGAGCAAGCUCAUGGUAGGGAAUGUAACAGUUCAGCAAAGUAGUGGUGGAUGCAAUGUUACUUCUUGUAGCUAUGGUGGUAUUGUGAAUGGAACAAUCAUCACGUGGUUGUCUACAUCUCUUCAACCUCGAUGCCCAGGACCCCAGCAAUUUCCUUCCCUGGUAGCUCCACCUACUACAGUAAGCCGGGAUUUGGAGUAUGCCCCAGCACCUGCACCACAGUCAGAUGGCACAGGGACAGUAACAAAACCAAAGUCUACAGUGCCAGCAUCUGGGUCAAUUCCUGUUUUUCCUCCUGCAAGUGGCCCUAUGGCUAUGGGGAGUUCUUCUAAUGGUUGCUCAUUGUCAUUGGUGAAUCCUUUAGCUACUUUCCCUAUCGCUCUCUUGAUAUUGUUGUUUACCAAGUUGAUCAUGCCUUUACCCUUGUAAUUUUGCUCAUGGAUCAGUUGUGUGCCAAUAUUGGUGCGGUUUUGCUUUUUACUCCACCCAAGUUGUUGUAUGUAACCUCUUUAUUCAUGAUUGUUAUACAAUGUUGAGGAAUUGCUACCAGUAAUUUGUGUUACUCAAUUACUAAUCCUGCAGCCUUAUUUGGAUUCUCGACCUUUCUUAUCUUAAGAAAUUCCUCUUGCAUCU